GUUUCUUCCUCCGAGUCGCCAAUUGAUCUUCAAUUGAUUUCACACUUGCGCCUAUGCUUCACUUUAUGUGCUAGGACCUGAAAUGUGACAACGGAACACAACCUAGCCUAAAAUAGGCCAAAGAAGCGAUAAUGCAAGCUUAAACGAUCAAUAAUCAAAGGGGAAAACAUGUGAAAAUAUCGAGUCAUCAACCGCACCCACCAACUCCGUCACUGACCAGGUCCACCCACCAUCCCCUGCAAUGAAACGAUCCCGCCAAUCCUCCCACCGUGCCCAACUACUUGUCACUGACUAGAAUCAUGGCUAACCCACAAGCUUCACUAUCCGACUUCCCCUCCUCCACAAUCCUUGUUGCGUCCUUCACCAUAUCCGAUAUGGUGGCAAACUCCCUCCGUAGACUCAUAAAUUCAACGACGAUUCAGCAAUCCAAGCCGCACGAGGAAGAGCCGCCAAGAAAUUUGUGUCAAAAUCCGAAUCCAGAUCCUGAAAACGAGAAGAGAGAAGAGGGUAAAGAUGGCAUUGACGAGCUUGACCUGAACAAAGAUACGUCGGCUAGAUUGGUGGCCCCAACGCAGGCUCUUCUAGUUGCAGCUCCAGUUUUACCUCCGUCGUUGGGAGGGUCGCAGCCACCUCCAAUGCCAGCGAGAGAUUUGAAGUUAAAUGAAGGUGGAAAUCAGAUGCGGUGUAAGAUGGAAUGUUUUCGGGAAGAAGAAGUUGAAGGGGAGCGGCGGACGAAACCAAGUUCCUAGAGGGGGAGAAUAGAUUUUUUUGGGGGAUUCCCCCCCCCCCCCCCCCCCCCCCCCCCCCCCCUCUUUGGUUAGUCCUUUAGGUUGAGUACAUGUAGAAACUAAUAUAAAAAACUAGUUUAUUCUCCAAAAUUAGUUCCAUAAUUUUUUUAAUAUGACGUGGUAUAUAGAUGGCAUGAUUUGUCGUUUAGGUGGCAUCCAUGUCAGCUUCGUGUCCAUAAUAUUGACGGUGUUAUUGACGUCGUUAAAGUUUUUAACGAAAAUGGAUAAAUUUGUCAAACAAGU